AUGUCGAUUAGUUUAAUUGAAAAGUUGUCUAAUGAAAUUUUUUAUGAAAUAUUUGAAUAUCUUGAUGGUUCCGAAGUUUAUCAAGCAUUUUCAAAUCUUAAUCAUCGUUUUCAACAACUAAUCAACUGUUCAUCUCUUUUAUUAAAAUUUAAUCAUGAUUCUUUAAUACUUGAUAACACUUAUAAACAAUUUCUCCUUAAUCAUAAACAUCAAAUAGUUUCAUUUUAUAUACCAAACAAUGAUUUUUUCUCAUCAUUUUCAAUUGAUUCAUCAUUUUAUCAACUUCAAUCACUUUCUAUCGAUGAAAUUUCAUCAUCUGUACUUAUUUCACUUCUUGGUAAUUUAUCCUCGUUACAUCGUCUUGUUUCAUUAACAAUUAAUACACAAAAUUCACUCGACGAUUUCACGGAAGUUUAUCGAUUAAUUUUCACUUUACCAAAAUUAAAAUAUAUUAAAUGUUCAGGAGACGAAGAUGAUAUAUCUAUUUCAUUACCAAUUGCUACUAAUGAACAACUCAGUGCUAUCGAAUAUUUUAUUAUUAAUCAUCACUGUGCUUUUGAUACACUUUGUACUUUAAUAUCUUAUACACCACAACUUUGCCAUUUAAGUUUACUUUAUUUAUCCGACUGUGAUUCAGACAAUGAAAUUAUAUUAUCAGUUACUUUACCUAAUCUAACAUAUCUAUCAAUCGAAUCGUGUAAUGUAACAUUUGAUAAUUUAGAAGCGUUGAUUAUAGAAAGUGAAUGUAAUUUAAAAGUUUUACAUGUUAGCUUUUAUUAUUAUUAUAAUGUUUAUUUUGAUGAUGAUCCGUGGGAAGAAUUGAUUAUUAAUUAUUUACCGGAAUUAAAAAAAUUGCAUUUAGGAUAUCGGCAUGAUAUUGAUCCUGAAUUAGGAUCUUCAUCAAAUUUUAAACCACCUGAUCAAUUUAAUUCAUUAUUUUGGAAUAAACAAAAAUGGGUAUUAGAAGUUGAAAUGUGUGGUAUGGAAUAUCUUUAUACAAUUCGAUCAUACGAAAAAAGAUGGUAUGAUGUCGAUCCUUCUAAUGAAAUUUCAAAUUCUACUCGACUUAAAAUUACAUAUCUUCCUGAUGAUGAUCAUCUAAUGGAAUUUGAAUUAAUGAUUUGUGAUCUUUUAGCAGUCACGCAGAUUUAUCAUUUGGAAAUAUCUAAAGAAAACAUCUCUUCUAAUAUAGUACUGGAACUAAUACAGGAAUUCUCUGCACUUCAAACAUUAAGAAUUUCUUCUUUGGUAUUAUAUGAAUCAUUUAUUUAUGAUAAAAAUCGUCGUUAUAAAUCAGCAAAGAAUGAAAUUACAAAAGUUUAUCUCGAAAAAAUGUCUCGAAUUGAAGAUAUUUAUUUUCUUCUUCAACAUUGUCCUAAUGUGGAAUAUCUUAAAAUUGGUUUUUUGCAUAAGUUCUAUGUUGAAUUAUUUUUCAAAGAUAUUUUAAAAGCAAUAAAAGACGAUCCCAAUCGAUAUUUUCGUUCAUUAUGUUUUCAUAUUCCAACCGAUGAUAAUGUAAUGAUUGAAAAGUUAAAACAAAUGAUUAAUGGUGAAGAAUGUCUUCAUGAUUUUACAAUUAAAAUAUGCUAUGGAAAUGACUGA